AGCGCAUGAGACCAACGCGAAUUGUUGGAAACUCGCCGGGGAGAAUUCAUCGUUUGGAGAAGAAAGGAUGGGGAUGGACCAAGACAUGGGGAAGGCAUUGAUUUUCCUUGAAGAUGGAUUCGGAGAUGAGUUGCAUGAUCAUCGAGAACCGGGCGUUGACAAGGCGAACGAUGACGAUUUGAUGACACCAGAGGAGAGACCGACAUCGAUAGAUUCAGCGCCAGAAUCAGUGCAGACGAGCGGUCAAAUUAAAAACACCAAAUUCGGAAAAGGCGGCAAAGAUGAGAGCAGAGGUCGAUGUUAUAGCAGAAGAUCAAGGAGACGCUGUCGUAUGAAUAACGGUGUGAGUUCGAAUCAAGAACCGACUUCAUCUAAUCGUUUUUGGAAAAGGGUUGGAAAGUCACUUGGCAAGCAUCUGGGGAGAGUGGUCAAUUUUAUUGGAAUGGGGGCUUUGGUAGCACCGCCAUUUGCCGGUAUCAGUUACGCCCCUGUUCACACUCGAAAUGAUAACAGCUGGUGGGCGAAUGAGAACGUGCCAACAUCAUAUGGAAUGCUCCUGUUCUGAAGAAUCUAAGAAAGUGUGGACACAAAGCCACAAAAUUGAAGAAAAAAAAAACACCACACCAAGACAUUAAAAUUACAUCUUUAGC